AUGGGGUUCAAGUUUUUCCUGACAUUGGCGACCCUGGGACUUGCGGCGGCGGCGGAGAGUUCCGUUGUAUCGCUGUUCCUGAUCGGCAAUGAAAAUCCGCAACCCCUUGAGGGCUCAAUUGUGGCAGUGGAUGAAGAUACCACCACCUAUAGUAUCAAUUGCGCUAAGACCGUUGAUAUCGACCACUGCGCAUUCCGCGCGGGCUUGCUAUAUACUGCAGGACCUACAUCGAUUGAAUACGCGUUGAAUACUUCUUAUGGCCGACGUGACACGGUGAUUUGCUCCAUGGGCACUAUAUCUACCGUCUGUACCGGUAUGAUGCCGACCACUGGCACUGCCGUGGCUGCGUACACGACGACUUUGGGCAAGGGAUACUUGAGUUCAGAGGGCGUAACAAUCACUGCCGGUGCUACUAGAGCCGCGACUGAUUCUUCUGCUACGAAGACUACUAGUAGUGACUCGUCCAAGGCCGCCAACUCUGGGGAUUCUACAUCACAGACGGCUAGGGGCUCAGCCUCAACCAGCACGGGAGGCAUGCCCCGUAUUACCGCAGGUCCUCGGAUCGCUUUGGGUGGUGCAGCUGCGGCACUUGUGGCGGCAGCUCUAUAA